UCAAAAUGGCGCGGUACACAAAAUACUGCAUAAUACUUCAAUGUAUUGCAUUAACACUGCAAGAUAUGCUGGCUCUAAAUCAAAUAUAGAAAUUUGCCAUUUAUCAUAUCUACAAAGACUACUAUUGCACGAUGUAUUUUAUUUAGUUAUGCAUGAAUGUCCAAUUAUCUGGUUUUAAUCGUCACUCUGGGUAACUUGUUUGUUGGCCAAUCGUAUUCUUAUACGAUUCUUUUCAUUCAAUUUAAUGUAAUCGACUGGGGACGGUUUGAUGAGGUAUACAAAUUAGGAAGCAGUAAAGUAAUAUUAAUACAAAUACUCGAAAUGGAAGUCUUGCGGGAGGAGGAAGCAGCAAUGGGACCAGAGUUUGACCACCAGACAAAAUUCAAGCCCAGAGGCCGUUUGGACAUGAAACACGGAUUCCUGCACCACAUCCGCAGGAACCAAAUUGCCAGAGAUGACUAUGACAAGGAGGUGAAGCAAGCCAAGGAGAAGCAGAAAAAGAGACACACGACCACGGCCAUGCCCACUCGGCCGCGGCGUCCAGACCUCCAGGUGUACCACCCCCGGCGCAGAAGUGGUCCAGAGACCUCUCCAGGCCUGGAGAACGAGGAUUCGAACGAGAGCAGCUCCAGCACUGAUCCUGACCAGCAAGGCACAGAGCUGUUCUGCCUGGAGUAUGAAGCUGACAGCGGGGAGGUCACCUCGGUCAUUGUACACAAGGAUGAUGCCCCUGACAAGGUGGUGGAGAUGGUUGCUGCAGGAAACAGCCUGGACUCUGUGAUGAAGGCAGCUCUGCGGACUCGAAUCCAGGAGGAGAUGGACAAGCGCAGGGCUAAGCGCUGAGCAGAGCUGGGGGGAGCGAUGCAGCUCCCUGAACACUUCUCAAUACAGUCCAGGGGCAUGGGAGGAGGGAGAAUAUUUUUUACAUUUUGUUUGGAAUUGAGCCAGACAAGAGAAUUCUCUGCUUCUGGGUUUAAAGGUAACCCCGUUGUAAAAUACAGGCGUGUAUAUGACCUCUGUGAAAAGAAGAUGGCACAUUGUUCAAGACACAUGUUUUAGCAGAACUGCUGGCAGCCAGAUAGCCUUCUGAUCGGAGCUGUCAGUCCAGAGCCGUUGCUCCUACAAAGACUUGCAAGUGGCAAAGUCUCUAUAAAAGUGGCAGACUUAAGCGCAGGGCAGAUGAGGAAGGGAGGGGAGGCAAUAACUUACACUGCCUGAGUAAGCCAGGGCAUGCCACUGGCCCAGAAGCAAAUACUGACAGAUGAGCCCCACUGUCCCCUACAAAUGUUGAGGGGCCCUAAGAUAGAACUUCAUCCCUGGUUCAGGGGAUUAUUGACUUUGACUGGGCAAGAAGGCAGGUAGGAACUGCAGAAGGAAUUGUUUGCAGGAAGGACCCUUCUCUCAUCUCAGCUGUCUGUCACAGAGCCGCAUUUCUCAAGCAAUAGCACGCCCGUGAGUGCACUGCAGUCCAAGCAUUACGGCAUGCAAUUGCUUUUCAAAUAGGACUCUGCAAACAAUUAAAGCAAUACAGAGCUUUUGUUUUUAGUUUUGUUUUAUAAGCUCAUUACUGUCCACUCUUGUUUUAACAAUUUCAGUACAAAGUUUACAUUAAUCUGUAAUAGUGUCCUGUACUAUAAAACACAUGUCAAUAAAAUGUUUUAGUGCAAUUCAUAUCAGCUCAAUGUUAGUUACUAUAUAAUAAUUCUAUAAAGCAAUAAACAUUUUGAGGUCUUGCUAGUUCCUCAUAACGAC